AUGAGAGAAGCCUUGAAGUUGAAGUUGUUCAGUUCACAUCGUUUGCUUGCAACUAAGGGUGUCCACAACCGAUUUGUAACCGAGAAACCAAUCUAUAACCAUGGUUAUUCAAUUUUCGGAUAUGCGAAUGAGACCCGUACUUGCAACUAUGGAAGCCGGCAAAAUUUCUACUCAUCAUCGUCGUCUCCUUUGGAAUCUCGUGAUCAGACAAACAGCGACACCCCACCAAACCCACUAGGGCGAACUACAUUUGAUAACAGAGUGUUGAUCUUUGAUGCUCAUACUGUGAAUUCUUACGAUUUUGCUUCAAUGGCGUCUCUCCCCAAACCCCUCUCCCAGAACCCAUCUAUUGAACUCCGUAACCAUUCGCAUAAAUCCAUCGCAGUUCAGGGAAACCUUCUGUUUCUCAGUCCUAGGACUCGAUUGUUUGGAAAAGUGAAGGUCAGUUGCUGUUCGCAUCAAACCGAAGCUUUGGUUGAUUCUAGUAUUCCAAAGUCCGACGUUCCUGUUCUGUCUUGUCCAGAGGUCAUUGAAAGGCUAAACACAUUUCGAGACAAUUAUACGGGCAAGCAGCAAUUCCUAGCCAUGUAUUCAAGCAUUGUUGGUGGAAUAACAACUGAUCCAGCAGCCAUGGUGAUCCCAGUGGAUGAUCACAUGGUCCACAGAGGUCAUGGGGUCUUUGAUACUGCUGCGAUAAUGGACGGGCACCUCUAUGAGCUGGACCAGCACCUUGACCGCAUUAUAAGGUCAGCGGCCAUGGCCAAAAUAAACCUCCCUUUUGAUAGGGAAAGUAUCAGGAGUAUACUCAUAAAGACGGUGACUGUUUCUCAGUGUAGGAACGGAUCUCUCAGAUACUGGCUCUCUGUUGGACCCGGUGAUUUUCAACUAUCUCCAUCUGGCUGUGAUUGCCCAGCUCUUUAUGCCAUUGUUAUCCAAGAUCAAUCACCGUUUAACGCAGAAGGUGUUAGGGUAGUAACUUCCUCUGUCCCUAUUAAACCGCAACAAUUUGCUAUCAUGAAGAGUGUGAAUUACCUUCCAAAUGCACUGUCAAAGAUGGAAGCUGAAGAAUAUGGUGCAUUUGCAGCUAUUUGGUUAGAUAAUGAUGGGUUUAUUGCUGAAGGACCUAAUAUGAAUGUGGCAUUUGUUACUAGAGAGAAGGAGCUCCUGAUGCCUCGCUUUGACAAGAUUUUGAGCGGAUGCACAGCUAGAAGAGUUUUGGCACUUGCUGAAGGAUUGGUAAGGGAAGGAAAAUUAUCUAAAAUCAGUGUACAAGAUGUGACUGUGGAGGAAGGGAAGGGAGCAGAUGAGAUGAUGUUAAUUGGCAGUGGAAUUCUUGUUCGCCCUAUACUGCAGUGGGAUGAUCAGGUCAUUGGCGACGGCAAAGAAGGUCCUAUAACCCAGGAACUCUUGAAACUUAUUGUGGAAGACAUGAAGUCUGGCCCUCCAACAGUUCGGCUACCCGUUCCUUACUAAGCAAACUUGGUGGUGUUUUCAUGGUGUUUCAGUGGAAACUAAAAAGGCUGAAGAGCUGCUGCCUGCUGUUCCAAUGCUGCUGUAGCUUGUAGGCAAUUAGAUGCCGAGCUUUACACCAGCUACAUUGUUUGGGAAUCAGAGCAUUGAUGCAUGAAAAUACUGUGUGUAUUUGUAUACAAAGACAACCUUAAGAAUAAUAUUCUACUGUGCCGGAUGCCAUCCUAGGAAAUCUGUUCUAUAUUUGUGUACAAA